AUGUACUACGCUCUGGGAUCCCUUGCCCUUGUCGCCUUUGCGACCGAGGUGCUGGCCACGCCUCACCCCAUGAUCACGGCCUCCCCGACUCUGGCCAAGCGUGACUCCUGCACCUUCUCGGGCUCAGACGGUGCGGCCUCUGCCAGCAAGUCCCAGGCCGACUGUGCCACCAUCACCCUGUCCGACAUCACCGUCCCCUCGGGCACCACCCUUGACCUGAGCGACCUUGAGGACGACACCACUGUCGUCUUCGAAGGCACCACCUCAUGGGAAUACGAGGAGUGGGACGGACCUCUGCUCCAGAUCAAGGGCACUGGCAUCACCAUCAAGGGUGCCGAUGGAGCCAAGCUGAACCCGGAUGGUUCUCGCUGGUGGGACGGCGAGGGCUCCAACGGCGGCGUCACCAAGCCCAAGUUCUUCUACGCCCACUCGCUCAAGGACUCGACCAUCGAGAACCUCUACAUCGAGAACACCCCCGUCCAGGCCGUCUCCAUCAACAGCUGCGAUGGCCUCACCAUCACCGACAUGACCAUCGACAACUCGGCCGGUGACGACGCCGGUGGCCACAACACCGAUGGCUUCGACAUUGGCGAGAGCAACAACGUUGUCAUCACCGGCGCCAAGGUCUACAACCAGGACGACUGCGUUGCCGUCAACUCCGGUACCGAGAUCACCUUCAGCGGCGGUACUUGCUCUGGUGGCCACGGUCUGUCCAUCGGCAGCGUUGGUGGCCGCGACGACAACACCGUCGACACGGUCACCUUCAAGGACUCAACCGUCUCCAACUCGGUCAACGGUAUCCGCAUCAAGGCCAAGUCCGACGAGACCGGUGAGAUCAAGGGCGUCACCUACUCGGGCAUCACCCUUGACUCCAUCUCCAAGUACGGCAUCCUGAUCGAGCAGAACUACGACGGCGGUGAUCUGCACGGCGACCCCACCUCCGGCAUCCCCAUCACCGACCUGACCAUCGAGGACAUCUCCGGCUCCGGCGCCGUCGACUCGGACGGCUACAACAUCGUCGUCGUCUGCGGUGAUGAUGGCUGCUCCGACUGGACCUGGUCCGGCGUUGAGGUCAGCGGUGGUGAGGACUACUCUGACUGCGAGAACGUCCCCAGCGUUGCUUCCUGCAGCACUUAA